UCCAAGUUUUAAGGUUCGGUAAUGGUAAAUGACGAAUAGAAGGCCAGAUCCAUUCAGGAGCUUAUUAUGUAUACAAUAAAAUAAUCGUGUUCUCCAGAAGCGCGAAUUUUAAACUCUGAAUAUUUUGUGAAAUAAACUAAUGUUAUGUUAGACGCAUUUUAAUUAAGUCCUAUCGGAAAUCUCAUAGUUUAAUUACAUAAUCUAUUACUAAUUAAUAAACAAAUAAAUGAUAAAAAAUAAUAAACUGUUGGCACAAUAUCACACACCAAGUCCAGCACCAUUAAAGUUGCGGACAGAAAUUUCUUGGGACAUUAAUGACGUGAUUAUACCUGUUGUAAAUGAAUUCGAUGAGUUUGAUGAGUGGGUCGAUGGUCAUCGCCGUCUAGUUUAUUCGGCAACUAAUGAAGAUGCGAAAAAGCAUUCAUCCGGCUGGGCUAUGCGUAACACAAACAAUCACAAUAUCAACAUAUUAAAAAAGAGUUGUCUGGGUGUUCUUUAUUGCACCGCCAAAUGCAAAUUACCAAAUGGUAGCAAUAUAAAUUUGCGUCCAGCAAUUUGCGAUAAAGCGCGACGUAAACAACAGGGUAGACAAUGCCCUAAUCGAAAUUGCUCAGGACGUCUUGAAAUACAACCAUGCAAAGGUCAUUGUGGUUAUCCGGUAACUCAUUUUUGGCGUCGAGCCAAUAAUGUUAUCUUUUUUCAAGCAAAAGGUACACAUGACCAUCCAAAGCCCGAAGCCAAAGGCUCAACUGAAGCACGACGUCUUUUUGGUAGUAGCCGACGCAUUCGCAAUACAUCUAUUAUGCUUACACAUGGCAAAAUUACUCGCAGUAAUAAACACCGCUGCACUAACAACUACUUGAAGCAUCCCCAGCACGACAUGCAUACAGUGGAGGAAGCAAAGAACAUAACAAAUUAUUGUAGUAUUUAUGAAAGUUGUCACAGUGUGGUUCCAUUGAGUCAAAAGCAGGAAAAUUUGGAGCAGUCCAGACUUUUAACCCCAGAAUCUACACCUUUUAUGUCCUCAAAUUUAUGUUUUAAUACUACAACAUUUGCGGAUAAUUCGAAUUUUAACCAAACGGCUGCGCCUUCCAAUUUUCACAGACAUGAAAAUACUUUUACAAUGCUCGAAAAUUGUCCACCAUCAUCUGCUAAGAAAUCGUCAGUUUCUCUUUAUUAUUCCCCUUCUAUGCAAUGUCAGCAAUUACAAAAUAUGACAAACAAAUCUAAAGUAAUAGAAUUAAAUUCUGCAGGCGAAACACAAUUCCAUACACCCCUUUAUCAUGAACCCCUCCGAAUUAAUGAAAACUACGAUGACACAUCCAGUGUAACUUCUAGUUCCGGGUACAAUUCAGAUGAUUAUUAUUAUCCCUGCUUUGUGCCUUGUUCAACCUCCUCUAGUUCUCUAACUCUUGCUGGUAACCAACGCCAAGAAUUAGCAAGGUCAGUUGCAUAUUUCGCCGCUCAAACAACUGAAAUAUAUAAUACAGUAUUUGAACCUGUUUCGAUGCAACAGAUUCAGAUACCUCAUGUUUCCAGAGACCUGCAUUUCGAUUUUGUUGAAGAAUAUCAAAACACGAACUCUUAUGAAAAAAAUAUAGAAAAUCUUCAGACCCAGUACCAGCACUCUACUUUCGAAAGUAACACAAAUUCCGAGUUUUACUAUUGUAAUUCAGGUAACGAUAAUGCCUGGAACUUUUGUAUUUAAUUAUCUAGGAUAAAAUCAAAAUAACAUUUAAAAAAUUUGUUUAUAACAACAUAACUGUAUUUAGAAACUGUAUAGA